UCCGCCGCGAUGGCGGCCAUGGCAGCGGAGGAGGAGGAGUACGAGGCGGUGCUGUGCGUGAAGCCGGCCGUACACGUCUACCGGGUGCCGCCGCGGGCCUCCAACCGCGGCUACAGAGCUGCAGAGUGGCAGCUGGACCAGCCAGCAUGGAGUGGCAGGCUGCGGAUCACAGCCAAGGGCAAGAUCGCUUACAUUAAGCUGGAAGACAAGACCUCGGGAGAGCUUUUUGCCCAGGCGCCGGUGGAGCAGUUCCCUGGCAUCGCUGUGGAGAGCGUGACGGACUCCAGCAGAUAUUUUGUCAUCCGGAUCGAAGAUGGGAACGGCCGACGUGCUUUCAUCGGUGUUGGCUUUGUUGACCGUGGGGAUGCUUUUGACUUCAACGUGGCUCUCCAAGACCAUUUUAAGUGGGUGAGGCAGCAGAGCGAGCUGGCCAAACAGGCUGAGAACCCUGAUCAGGGACCCAAACUGGAUCUGGGCUUCAAGGAGGGACAAACCAUCAAACUCAACAUUGCAAAUAUGAAGAAAAAGGAAGGAACAGCGGGGAACACCAGACCACGUCCUGCAGGUCCUGGGGGCCUGAGCUUGCUCCCACCACCUCCUGGAGGAAAAUCUUCCGCUCCGGUUUGUCCUUCUGGAGAGCGGCCAUCAUCGCUCUCUGUGCCCGCCCAGCUCCCGGGCACCCCCAUCACAGAUGCCCUCUUGGCCUGGCCGCAGCCCACUGCUGCUCCCGCUGCAGCCGCCGCUGAUGUCUGGGGAGACUUUGCCAAAGCUUCAGGAUCGGCUUCUAGCCAGACUCAGGCAAAUGCAGGCUGGGUUCAGUUCUGAUCCAGGCCCCUUGUCUGCUUUUUCCUGUGUGGGUGCUGGAAUCAUCGAGAUUCCUUCAGGACCAAAACUGGGGCUUUGGGACACCCUGCUCUUGCCCUUAAAUCUCUGGCAUCGAAAUGAUGAAAUAAAUGCUAGAGAGCAAAAGAACACGUGCCUUAAAACACUCCACACCAGCACCCUCCCCAUCGGGGGCCUUUUAUUUUCUGCCUGGAUUGCAGCAAACCUCUGAGGCUUCUCCUUUUCACA